AUGUCACUAUCAUCAGCUACCACGCUGAUAUCGCCCACAUCCGUCAAAACAACUGCCCCUUCCACCUCAGCUGCAGGCGGGGGUAGCUCUCACGCAACCAAUCGUAGACCAUCUGUACAUGCCAAACGACGACCUUCGACGCACGCUGCUCAUUCCCAUGGACAUGGACAUGGUCAUCAUGCGCAUACGGGCAAUAGGAGAUCUAGCGAGGGUGAACAUGGACGUAGGGCGUUGGCGGCGGGUUUGGCGAUGCAUGCGUUGGAUACGACUGAUGCGCUGGUGAAGAAAAAGAAAGAAAAGCGCCCACUACCCAAAAAUUCCCGCUCAGAUACCCAUCUCCCCCGUUUAUCUCGAACUACCUCAAUCACCUCCACUACAUCUCACGAUUCCCACGGGACAACGACCUCCAAAUCUACUCGACCCAAAGCGAGGAGAGGAUCUACGAGGAGAUCCGAAGAGUCCGUGCAGGUGUUGAGAGAGAAUGGGGAGGAUGGAGACGAAGUUGACGAAGCUGAAGAAGGAUGGGAAUCAGGUGAAGAUCAAUUAGAAAUAUCACCUGAGAAAUCCAAGAAGGGGAAAUCCAGAAAUAAGGAAACACAAGCUCAAACUGCAAGUUCAAAUAUGAGAAGAACAGUCAGUGAUACUUCUGCAGAACCUCAACAGCAACAGCAGCGUCAGACAGUCUCACAUGGUAAAGGAGUCCUGAAUGGAGAUUUGAGGGAAUCACCUUCAGAAGCUCCCCAUCCACCUGCUCUCACUCAACGAACAACUGGAUUUGCAGGUGCAAUCCAACCUCCUGAUCCACAAGUAGCAGCAGAAUUACCCGUCCAAGAUCCACAUCCGAUAGUGACUCCUCAUCCGAUCAGACGGAACACCUCGGCUAAGUCGCUAGUAGGUCCAAUCAGUAUGGAGCCCACCACGUCGUCGGAUUCUAGGAGAUACCCUUCUUCAGACAGAGAGGGCGGGAGGGGUGCAUCGAAAGAUAGAUCAAAAUCAGCUAGACCUGAAGUAUCGAGUAGACUUAGAUCAACAGAGGGUAGUGGACUUCCUCAAGCGAACGAUGCGGAGGCCAUCUCCACUUCACCUUCGUACCCUUUCCCUCAGAUGCCUUCUUCCAACGCUCAAGGACCUGAUCACAAUGAGGCUCAACAAGAUCAACCAGAGUCUCAACGUCAAAGGAAUGCCUCUCAGCCACAAUCACAACCUCAAGGAUCGACACGAUCACGUCAAGCUUCUCAGCAACACCCACAACUCCGACAUCGCUAUUCCAACAGUUCCCUACGAUCUAUCCAAUCCCUCAGAGCACCACCUCAUCCACUAAAUUCACCGACGGGAUACAGAACUCAUGCAACUACCGCUACAUCCCGACCUGGAAGUAUGUUCGGUUCACCUACAAAGGACGAUAAGCGACAGAGGGUCCCGUCGAUGCAUCAGCCUCCUGUGCCUCAACCUCAGAUAAGCUACGAGAUGGCCAAAGGACGCGGAUGGGAUGGACCCAUCCCUGAGGAAAGUACACCUAGAUCGGGCAAAAUUCAAAACCAAAGUCAGAGUCAAUCGCAUUCGAGAAAAGAUAGUAUAUCAUCUCAAAAAUCGAUUCGGUCGAUAUUCGCUCCUUUAGCUACACCGGCAACAGCGACUCUAUCCUCCCCUGCGCGAUCGACAUCUGGUACAGGGGGAAGAAGGAAGACCGCACUGGAAGCUGCUAGUUUAGCAUCUCGUAUGCCAUCUACAACCGAUCCUACGUUAUACCACAACUCGUUGGGACACGCGAACAUACCCGAAACGGUUUAUUUGAUAUCUCGUUUCUUACCCAACACGAAAAAGGCUACUAGACCCAGGUGGGAGAUGAACAUGAGAGAUCCAGAUAUUCAACAAGAUUUGAAUGAAGGAAAGUUGAAAGUAGGGUUGACAAAUGGAGAUUAUAGAGAAUCACAUGAAAGUUUAGUCAAAACGUUGAAAGAAUUAGGUAAAGAUGGUGAUAGCAGCCAACAGAAUCGAAAUGUAACAGGAGGAGGAGGGAUCGGACGACCAGGAACUAUGAAUAGAAGUUAUUCAUCUUCUGCUUUCCCACUUGGAGUAGGACCCGGUGGACUCGGAGGGGAUGGAGUAGAUGGAUUGAGUAUGAGGUUGAAAGAUGGUUUGACGAUUAAGAAAGGUGGUUUCGCUGGGAAGACACCGUUCGAAUUGAGUGUUCAGAGAUGUCUCGCUCAGAGACCUGGUGGUACUGCUGGGAUUGGAUUUUAA